AUGGUCUUGUUUGGAGUGGAUAUGAUUCCUGAUGGUAUUGAUCAGCAGAGCCUCAGCGCCUAUCUUUUAUAUCCUAUCGGGAAAUGCCUUGGACUGUUGGAAAAACUGUCAAGAAGAGAGGACGAGGAAUUAUUCAGCGGUGGUAGCGGCCUGGCUGAGGUGGAUUGUCGAGAAUUCGUCAUGGCAUUAAAAUUACAAACGUCAAAGAACUACAAAGAGAAUGGAUGGCAGCCAUUGCUAAAUCCAAGGAGACAGGGAGAAGGCAUCAAAACAUCAGAGCACAGAAGCUUUCUGCCACCUUUGUGUGAAUGGAGGUGGAGUGAGAGGAACACCUGA